AACUGCUUCACAUCCAAAUCCACCAGCAAUCAACCCUCGAUUGAAUCGAUCACCCACCAUGCGGCCCCUCACAGACACCGAGACGAAGACGCUCUUCGACAAACUCGCAAACUACACCGGCCGCUCCCUCACCGCCCUCCUCACCACCACCGCCCCCAGCGCGAACCCCAAAAGCACCGCCGCAGACCACUACGUCUUUCGCAUCCAAAAGGACCGCGUGUACUACGUGCGCAGCAGCCUCGCCAACCUCGCGACGUCCGUGGCGCGCGAUUCGCUCCUCUCGCUCGGCACGUGCGUGGGCAAAUUCACCAAGACGGGCAAGUUCCGGCUGCACGUUACGGCGCUGGAUGUCAUUGCGCCGCAUGCGCGGUACAAGGUGUGGGUGAAGAAGAAUGGGGAGAUGCCGUUUUUGUAUGGCGGGCAUAUUGUGAAGGCGCAUGUGGGCCGGUGGAGCGAGGAUGUGCCGGAGCAUACGGGGGUGGUGGUGUGUAGUAUGGACGAUACGCCGUUGGGCUUCGGAGUUACUGCCAGAUCGACUGCUGAGGCGAGAAGACUCGACCCCACGGGGAUUGUGACGUUCAGGCAGGCGGAUGUGGGAGAGUACUUGCGGGAGGAGGACACGUUGUUCACCACUUGAGUGGACGAUAGAUCUCCAAGUCAGAUGCGAUGUCACAACCCGGAAGGCCUCAACAGCCCGGCACGAUGCUCACUAACGGUCAAGCGGGCAGUCGGCACACCAGCACAUGUCUUAUCAAUCGCGCCGGAAAAGCUGCACUGGUUUGCGCAAUUCCAAUGAGGAAGUCGAGCCAGCUUGAGGACAACAGCACUCCCAUUCCUUGGCCAGCAACAUUGUUGAGUGCAAUGCGCCAGGAAGUCAUGAGACGAUCAUCUCGGAACACCGGAGCGAAAGUAUGAAGGAAGAAAACGUGUGUGGAGAGGAGGGCACAAGACGCUCGUUGAUAUAUGACGUGACUCAGCAUCGUGCUAAAUCAACACGAGCAAUACCACUUCCCAGCAUGUAACCCGUCCCAGACUCGCAAGACCGUAGAACUGCUUGCGAAAUCGCUCCCAAUCGCUCGGGCUCGGUAUAAGGAUUGACCCG